ACAGACUGAAACCUACAUACACAGGAUGGAUCUGGACAUGGGAAGAGGUAAAGGUGGUCAUCCACACCUAUUAGGCCUCAUCACCAAACACUUCCCACUGUGUGACCCACCAAUGACCCUCAUUAAUGAGCUUAAGCUAAUUGCAGAUGAGCUUGUCCCUAAGUGGGCAAACACAUCGUUAACAUAUAUCCCCCUCCCCCUCCUCCCCUUUCGUCCUGAAAGUCAGUCUUGUUAUUGAGAGCCCUAGGGCCACUGCUUUCUCAGGAGUCGCCGCCUAGCGAUCUUAGCGUAGCGGUGUGGCUGUCCCCGGUGGCAUCAGAUCGGGGCGGUUGGGCCUGGGCUGGGCCCAUCUUAGGCUGCCGCUAAUCCCUGACCUGGUUGUAAGAUCUCUGAGCCGCCAUUGAGGACUGCGCAAUGCGACGGGGUUUAAAUUAACAACGAGCUCUUAAGAAUGAACCUGUGGAACUGCCUGGACCUGCCGCGACCCAACGGAAAUAGCCACAGCCCAGCUGAAGGACGGCCGCAAAGCGCAGGCACAGGCAGACAGACUGAGACGCCUCGAUUGCUCUGGAUGACUUUGUCCAGUCGCGAGGCUCCACGCAGACAUUAUGAGGACACCUGGUUAGCACAGACAGUCCCUCUUUGUCCUGCCUCUGUCCAGCCAAGUGGUUUUGGCAGACGGUGCGCUAGACUGACAUUUGUUCUGCCUCAUCAUCAUAUGGCGAGAACCCAUCAUCAUAAGCAGUCCUCUCGAGCCAAGUGGUUUAACUGCAGAUAAAUAAAUGCUGUCGUCGACCAGAACCCCUUCAACGGCCAGCUGCCCUGAUGGCAGCCCGCGCUGGGUCCAAAUAUGCGUGAAGUGGAUCAGCUGGGUCUGGCUGGAGCAGGCCCACGUGCUUGUUUACCACCCCACGCCCAGCCAGGCUCGUCUGGCCACUCAGCUGACCGAAGAGGAGCAGGUGCGCAUAGCCCAGCGCAUUGGCCUCAUCCAGCACCUGCCCAAAGGCCUGUACGACCCCGGACAUGACGCCUCCGAGAAGAAGAUCCGAGAGUGUGUGAUCUGCAUGAUGGACUUUGUGUACGGCGAGCCCAUCCGGUUCCUGCCCUGCAUGCACACCUACCACCUGGACUGCAUCGACGGCUGGCUCAUGCGCUCCUUCAUCUGCCCCUCCUGCAUGGAGCCCGUGGACGCCGCGCUGCUCUCCACCUACGAGACCAACUGACCUUUCAACCAUGACCUUUGACCCCCAGAGCUGCUUCACCGGCUCCUCCUGCAUGGAGCGCGUGGACGCUGCGCUGCUCUCCACCUACGAGACCAACUGACCCCAACCGACCCCAACUGACGCCAUGACCCCAUCAGGCCCAGGGCCCAACAUACACCCCACACACACAUAUACACACACACACGUGCAGAGACCAGUGACACAAAGACCACACACACACACACACACACACACACACACACACACAAACACAAACAUUAGCAUACACACACAAACAUUAGCACAUGCACACACACAGACACAGACACACACACACACACACAGUCACUGAGUGUUAGCCAAUCGCCUGCUGCCACAUCAGACUCCCAUGAUGCUCCCAUGACGCAUCAUCAGCGCUGCAGCUGAGCGAGUGGCGUAGGUGGGGGGGUGGAGAGGGUACUGCAGCUCCUGUAACUGUGUAGUGAACCUCCUGCUGCUCCACCCAAAGACACCAACCCAACCCCACCCCACCCCACCCUUAAAGACAAAUGACUCUGCAUGCCUGGGCCUUGGCUCGGUCCAAGGAAGCUUUUGACCCAGCGAAGAGAGAAGGUGUUGUUUGGGAGGACGGUGUGUGUGUGUCUGUAUGUGUGUGUGUGUGUGUGUGUGUCUGUCAGGAAAAACCCAGGAGGAAACAAGUAUGUACAAGUGACCACACUGCUGACUCCGGUCACGUAACCAGCCACCCCAUCCGCUGAUGGACAGUCCGGCUCCUGACUGAGACUUCCUAUCCUUUACCAGGACUCGUGUCUGCUCCACAGACUUCACUUUGAGGCUCAUUUCAAUGGAAAGAGAGCCCAGAUUUACUUUUCUUUUGGGAAUCCAAGCAUCUGUUUGGUUAUUUGGCCUAUCCCUAGGUAGCAGGAGAACUCCUGUCAGGUGUGUGUGUGUGUGUGUGUGUGUGUGCCAAUAAUUACUGGCGAUGGGUGUGUCUCUUCACACACACUCAAAAUAUCAAGAUGAACCAUACAAAUGAAGAAAUGUUCUCCUUCCAUGUCAUUGACAGGAGUUGGACUUGCUUAAUCAUUUGGCUUUAAAAUAUUUGGUAGUCACAAAAAAUAGUUGAUUUUGUUUUGUUGUACUUUCUUCCCCUUAACUUAAUGCUCCUGUCCCUCUGUCAGACUGAAACGCUUGGAGUCUGACUAUGCUAAGCUACUUUAGUGCACUUAUCACUGCAUGUCUUCCUGAGACCAUGCGACGUAUGCUAAUCUAACAAACACUGGAGUUCUUAAAUCAGUUCUUGUCUGUCAGUAAUCAUACUUCAGUCUUGGUUUCUGUUUUGAGUCACAGUUAUGCAAGAGAUCUCACAGUGAGUCAAUUAAUGAUUGAAAUAGGAGACUGUGCGUGAACAGCUGUUUUGCUUCCUCUCCUCUGACUCUCCAGCUUUCUUGUGGUUUGUUUCUAUUUUUUUUUUUUUUUUACUGCGAUUUUAGUGUGUGCUUGUGUGACAUGUUUUUGUCACGUUCCGAUUUGAAUAACAGAAAGCAUCCCAAAUAAUCGAGUUUAUAUACAAACAAACCAACAAAAGAUGGAUACGUUGCAAUACAAAUCAAUGAAAAUCAAAAGGACAAGUCUCUGGACACGUGGGGUUAUUAACCGUCUUUUGCUGUUGUUGCUCUUCACCAUGCUGGGGUACAUUUAUGUCCAUCUAGAAGAGAGUCACUGACAAGUCAACAGAAAAACUCCCCCUGUCUUCCUGUACGUGUGGCAGAGUGUUAGUGCCGCAGAGCCACAGGUCUGACUCUGAGCAAUAAGCAGUGCGGAGCAAACCUCUUCCCAGAGCGAGCAAGCGAGCGCGCGCGCAGGGAAAAGACUUGUCAUUGGUGUAGGAUUGCUUCUUUUUGGGCUUCUCAGGUGGAUUGGGAUACAUUUCCACACUUCCUCCUUUUUCUUCUUGAUGGUGAAAGCACAAGAAACGAAAAUGUUUUGCUGUUUUUAAGUCGGCCAUGCCAAUUUUUCAUUGGAACAAGGAAGUGUGCACGUGAGUCAUACCCCUAGCAGCACCAGCUCUCAUGUUUCAUGUUUUCCAUAUCAUGUAAAUGAGGAGUGAAUCUGAAUACUUUUAGAGUGAUUUAUUGUGAUAUUUACAACCAUUUCUGAAAAAUACACUUGGUGUGGUGCAUAUUUGUUUGGGUAUGUGUAUGCAUGUAUGUAAUGCUUAUUUGGUAUCACACCAUCCAAGGACGUCUAAAUGGGGCUUUUUUUAAAAAAAAAAAAACUGCUAGGCUUCCAUGCUAGGGAGCGAAAGCAUUGGGAACAUCCUUCUGUGAGUUUGGAUGGUGGUGGUCCACGUCCUAUAAUGUCUUCUGGGAGGGUCAUGUCUGCUUUGCACAGAACCUUUUGUUUAUCGUGUCACUUUUGUCUCUCAUUCAGCCUGGGUCUCCGGUGCCUUCAGUCACAUGACACAGAUAUGCAUUUUGAUUUGUCCCCGAGGCUGGCACAGGAUCUUGUCGGCUGUGCUUGUGGUUGAGUAACCAGUGAUUUGGUGUACAGUGACAGAAGCCUGCAGCACACAUACAGACACACACAUGCCCUGAGGACAAACCUGGUGCAUGUAAGCAGGGCCAAAGACUGGGAUGACAGCCCCCACCCCCCGGUCCCCUCUACGAAUGAACUGUAAAUGCAAUGUACAACAUUACAACUGAUCCCAUGUGGUUAGGCAACAAGUCAUGCAGACAUGUGAGGUGUGUAUGAUACAGUAAGCAAUGUGUGUGCCUGUGAGAUUGUUGUGUUUUUCUUCUGGUUUAUCUCUGUCUGUAAGUAUAUAAAGGCAUACAGUGUACUGCAGACAAAUAAUAAAUAGAAUCUAUGCUAAGGAA